AUGACGAUUCAAAAAGCCACCGCUAGCAAACCAGCUCCUGGCGUCCCAUUCUACACCCCGGCGCAGGAACCGCCUGCUGGAACACCCCUAGAGCUCGAGAAUGACCCCAAUUCUGUGCCGACGGUGUUCAAGCCCCUGAAGAUUCGAGGCGUCGAGUUGCGCAAUCGAUUCGUGGUAUCGCCAAUGUGCAUGUACUCCGCCGAUGACGGUCAUUUGACUGACUUCCACCUGGUGCAUCUCGGCUCUUUUGCCAUGCGCGGUGUUGGCCUCACCAUCGUCGAGGCCACCUCCGUGACCCCCAAUGGACGUAUUUCACCUGAAGACUCGGGCUUGUGGCAGGACAGCCAGAUUGCCCCGCUCAAGCGCAUCACCGACUUCGUCCAUAGCCAGGGCCAGAAAGCGGGCAUCCAGUUAGGCCACGCUGGCCGGAAGGCCAGCACGCUUGCCCCGUGGCAUGCGGCGCGCGGUAAGCCGGAUCUCGCUGGGCCGGAGCAGGGCGGCUGGCCAGACAAUGUCUGGGGGCCGUCGGCGAUUCCGUUCAAUGAGUUUUACCCGCACCCGAAGGAGAUGACCAAGGCGCAGAUCAAUGAGCUGCUGCAGGCUUUUGUGGAUGCUGCUAAGAGGGCUGUCACUGCUGGGUUCGAUGUCAUUGAAAUUCAUGGUGCCCACGGGUACCUCAUCAGCCAGUUCAUGUCUCCUAUCUCGAAUAAACGAACAGACGAGUACGGCGGCUCCUUCGAGAACCGCAUUCGUCUACUUAUAGAGGUGAUCAAGGCCGUUCGGAGUGCUGUUCCAGACACUUUCCCCGUCUUCCUCCGAAUUUCUGCGACUGAGUGGAUGGAGUGGUCCGGCCAGGAGUCGUGGGAUUUGGAGCAGAGUGUGAAGCUGUCACACCUCCUCCCCGAGCUCGGUAUCGAUCUCUUGGAUGUGUCAUCCGGCGGCAACAACAGCGAGCAGAAGAUCCAGAUACAUCCAUACUACCAAGUCAACCUCGCGGGCGAGAUUCGGGACGGUUUGAAGAAAGCAGGCAAGGAGCUGCUCAUCGGCGCAGUUGGCAUGAUUACAACGGCCGAGAUGGCGCGCGACAUUACACAAGUGGAUUGCCUAUGCACCAAGGGAGAAGACCCGGAGAAGGGUCAAGGCACUGUCGAAGUUGAUGAUGAGCAAGGACAAAGAGCGCAGGCUGACGUAGUGAUUAUUGCUCGUCAAUUCCUCAGGGAGCCCGAGUUCGUGCUCCGUAUUGCACAGCACCUAGGCGUUCCAGUCAAAUGGGCAAAUCAAUACGGCCGAGCUGGCUGGCCCAGAAACCAGAAAGUAUAG